UUUGACACAGGACCAGGUGACCGCGUCAUUUCAGGACUAACGUUUUAGGUUAUUACGAGAGUAGAAACCGCAUAUUUCUGGGAAACCUCUCUGAGGUAAUGGCAGGUGCAACGGAACAUAAUGUUAAGAAAAGCGAGGACAAUCAAUCGCCGAAAGAGCUAAUCAAGGAUUUUUGUGGCUAUACAACAACGCAUGGAAUUGGGCGACUGGCAGAGGCAAGGACACUGUUCAGCCGUUUUAUAUGGACUAUUUUCAUACUUGGAGCAUUUACCAUGUUUAUAUUCCAAACGCAUGGCUUGUUCACACUGUGGCUGAGUCGUCCUGUUGCUACUGUGGUAAAGGUGAAACAUAACGCUCAUGUGAGUUUUCCAGCCGUCACAAUCUGCAACCAAAACCCUAUUAAGGAAAGCGAAAUUUCGAAACGUUAUUUAGAUGAAAUUUACAAAGAAAUUGACGAAAGGAUGAAGGAACAGAAAAAUGUUGCCUCACAAGACCCAGAUAAUGCUGACAUGCCAACCAACGAUGCAAAUGUCCAACCAACUACAGAAGACGAUCUAGCAACCCCCACUGACGCUUCUGGAUCCGGAGAGGGAGACCGGUCUCCUAAAAACAACGACACAACGGAACACUAUACUCCAGAGGAACAGCUCAUUGUCGACUAUCUAUUUGAGGACUUGCUACUCUCAUUUUUAGCAUUAGAAAACCAAACAACCCUGCACAAAAUGGGUCACAAGUAUGAGGAUUUCGUGUAUGACUGCAACUUCAGGGGAAUUGACUGCAGGAAAAACUACUCAGAAUACUGGAACAAGUUUUGGGACUAUCGGUACGGUAAUUGCUACACAUUUAAUGGUGGAGUGAAUGACGAUCACAACAACCAGACAGUUUUAGAAACUCACAAUACAGGUCCAUCAGGAGGGCUCAAAUUAAACCUUAACAUUGAGUCAAACGAGUAUGUGCCAGAGAUAAGUCAAGCUGCUGGCGCGAGAAUAGUGAUCCACCCCCAAGGAGAAAUGCCUUUCCCAGAUGAAGAAGGUGUCAACCUGGUGCCAGGUUUUUCGACUGCCAUUGGAGUUCGAAGGGAAGUUGUUAUUAGAGUGGAUCCUUUCAACAAUGGAAGCUGCAGAAAUCCUGACAGCAAGCAAAAAAAUGAUCUUUAUAAAGUGAAAUAUGGAUCAUUUUAUUCACGGGAGUCUUGCAUGCGGUCCUGCCUGGCGAGAGCCCAAAUAAAGAAGUGUGGAUGUGCUGACGCUCGAUUUCCUGUCGAGGAGCGUCACAUUUGCGACAAAAUUAAGAAACCUGAUACAGAGAUUUGCCUUGAUGACUUAACAACUCAGUUCAACGAGGAAGGUCUUGACUGCGAUACAGACUGCCCUGUUCCUUGCAGUGAACUGAUAUACAAAACCUCCAUGUCCAUGGCAGAGUGGCCCUCCGAAGGAUUCCAGGAUGUGCUGUACAAUCGUGUCAUCAAAAGGAAAAAUGCAGCGGCUCAAAAUCAAAAAGCAGAGGGUCCUGAGUUUUUAAAUCGAAACUUCCUUCAAGUGAAAGUGUUUUACGAGCGACUCAACUUUCAGGAAGUUCAAGAAUACCUGAGUUACAAGGGGAUUAACUUGAUUGCCGACAUUGGAGGCCAACUUGGUUUGUGGAUUGGUAUUUCGGUACUAACCUGCUGCGAAGUUCUGGAGUUGGUGCUGCUCCUGGGGCAGACUGUUUUUAAAAGGAUCACUAUGAAAGAAAGUAGGGUAGAAAUACGGGAAUAGCGGCAAAAAGUUAGAAUGACCAAAACGUCUUUAGAACAAACAUUGGGUAUAUUGGACGAUUUUUCCUCCUCUCUCAGAAGCUCAGUUUAGUAACUAUAGUAACAAGGAUAGUAUCGACAUUGUAGAUUGACAACAAAACAACGUCGAUUUCACUUUAAUAGUUUAGAAAAAUACGAAAAAAAAAUUAAUUUCAAACUAUUUCUUAAGGAACUUUUGUAUCAGUAGAUAUAAUGCUCACUCGAGUUUCGUGGCAAGUUACAUGCAUUACCAUGGCAAAUAUGACGUAAUUAUAUGGGGAUUAUUCUUUGGUCGCUUUCUCUCCAAAUUUUUAACCAACCACGCCAUCUGCACUUCAAGUAACACCUUAUAUAAAACAUUGAAGCAAAAGAAUGGCUAAGAAGUAGGAUGUGUUAUUCGGCAAAAAAAAACAUUGUAAAAAUUACUAUUAUAUUUAGUUUCUACCGACAUUCGCUGGAUGGAAAAUCAUCGCGAAAAGCCAGCUGAAAAAGCAAGCUUGUAUAACUAACAUCACUAAGGAAACCACUAUCAUAUAUAACCUUUCAGAAUGCAAGUUCUUGUAUAAUGGGCUAUAGUAUUUACCAGACAGGUUGAAUAGUGCUUUUUGGCCGCGCUGGUUGGCUGGUUUGGAAAUGAUUAGCAAGUACUAUUCACCUGAGCAUUCAAAGAGACAAACUCGCGUUAACAAUUAAAUUUCUGACCAUUUUGGUAUGUGGACAGAAA